GCCUCGGAUGCCCGGUCUGCGCCACGACCUUUCCGAAUUCGUUGUUACGAUGCACGAGAACGAUAUACUUUAUGAUACCAUACGACUGCGACUUACCGAUUCCGCGUCGUUGACAGAGUGGGGUUGCUUCUAGGCUGCGGGGAUUUUGGAAACCGUUCUGACCCCCUCGGGUCGGGUCAUCGUCGAUCAGGGACGCGAAAACGUUGGGACCCAGCGUACGUCUCAUCCAGCCGUCGACCAUGGACAAAAGUAAUGGCGUCUGGACCUGCCACCAGCAUGUCAUACCAGCAUCUCACAUACGAGGCUUCGAGCGAGGUGUACGAGACGAGAGAAAACAUCGUCGUUCUCUUCGACUGUCCGUAAAUGAAUACGCCCCGAACAUUGCACCGGAUGGCUCCACCGAACCGAUUACCAUCUUAUUCCAUCACGGUGUCGGAUUCACGAAGGAAUCCUACGAGCCAUUGUUUACCUCUAUCUUCAGGAAUUCAAACCAUAUCCGGGCAAUAUGGUCCUAUGAUAUUGCCUGGCAUGGAAAAUCGUAUCUGCUGAAUGAGGAUGUAAUUGGUGAUAUUCCUCAUUGGAAUGAUGAUGCUAGGGAUGUCCUUCAGAUCGUCAACUACUUCCAUGAGAAGAUGCCGGCGCCCAUUGUUGGUGUGGCACAUUCUGUUGGCUCCUCUGUUCUUAUGAUGGCGAGUCUGAUGCAUCCUCGACUCUUCUCCGGGAUUGUGUGUGUGGAUCCGGUCUACGCAACCGGCUAUUCGCCGCGGCCUCUUAAAUACCAUCGAGCUAUCCUUAUGGCGAGAAGAAGGGACCGUUGGGCCAGCAAGGACGAGGCGCGGAAAGCCUUCCUUAAAAGCCCUUAUUAUGCUGCUUUUGACCCUGAAGUCUUCGAACUGGUCAUGGAACAUGAUCUAAGAGAAGUCACCAGUCCGGACGGCAAAACCUAUGUGACAUUAGUCACUCCGAAGGCACAAGAAGUUGGAUCUAUGUUCAGACCCGUGCCGGCGAACAGUGUGAAAGAGUUUGCGGGCGUCUCAACCGACCGCAACUCAUUCGGAGCAGAAUUGGUCAUUCCGGGAUUCCACCUCUAUGAACUAGCUGCGCUCCAAAAGCGGAUGAAAGAGCUUGUGCCUUCUAUCCAUGUCAUCUGGGCCGCGAACUCCGACAUCUACAAAAUCCCGAAGUAUGCCGAAUUUGCUCACAAAACUCUGGGCACAGACAAGGGUGUUUACGCGCAUUCAGCCCCCAGGAGGGUUACACAAGAAGUAAUCGAUGGUGCCGGCCAUACUGUUCCUCUUGAAAAGCCUAGGGAACUGGGGAAGGCAAUUUCACAGUGGCUAGAGCACGAGACUCCGUUGUGGAAGCAAGAAUAUGAAGCGGAAAGGGGCGCGGACACGUUUUGGAGCUCUGAGCUUAACCCCGAUUGGAUGAAGGAAAUCUCGAAAAUAUAACAACAGGUAUCUUCCUACAGGCAUCCAAUCACUGAGACUGCCUGGACUUGCAUAUUCAUGUCAAUAUUAUCAGGAUUCAGGAUGGACCCAUU